AUGGAGUUCUCUUUCGAGUUCAGUGCCUGGAUCAUCAACUUUUACUACGCCAGCUGGCUCAACGAGACAAGUUGGGAUGAGCCAGAGGACGACUCGCCCAAAGUUGAUGAUUGCGAAACUCCUGUGCUUCUGUCGCCAACCUUGGUUAUCUGGCUGGUUCUUGUACCAGCCCUCGCAAACGCUGCGCAGCUUCCUGGAUCUCUUCAAUACCAUGCUCAUUCUACCUUUUAUCGCCUGUCGCCAAUCUCCGGUCUAGCUGACUGCUUUGCCACAUAUACGUUGAUAGGGAAAGCGUUGGCUAAGGGGCAUUCUUGGCGACAGUCCAUCGCCGGAGUCCUUGUCGUGAGACAAGGGAUAGGACAGAACGACCUUUGGUGGAGGAAAUUCAACAUUUCUGGAAAGACACGCAUCGAGGGGUCUGAUUGCACAUCGGAUGCCGAAGAUGAAGACGAAAUGGCCACUCUCGCACCUACGGAGUCGUUGGACGACUGGCUUAACCACGACGCCGAGGAAUCACAUCUCAGAUUCGCACUCGCUCGAAUCACCGAGCUGAUUACCCUUGAAAGAAUAGCCGGGUCUAUCCUCGUGCUUCUUGUGUUCGUUCAAGCCGUCGCCUUUGUUGUGCUGGCCCCCGCCAUGUCAUUCUUAAAGGUGACAGCCAUACUUGCGCUGGCAUAUACUGGUUGCCUUGUCAUGUUCGAAAUCCUAGUUUGGAGCAUGGCACUUGGCACUUCUAGACAUUCCAUUGCUGAGAUACCCUGGGGAAACGCGGUCGAACUUCUCUGUGACUUGGACCCUGGGGAUGGUCCAUUUUCUCUCGCUCAAGACACGAAGGACAGUCGAGCAUUGGCGGACAUCGAGCUCGAGUCUUGUCACUCCCAGGAUAUGAACGACAACCAGGAUACUAGACGAAAGAUGCAGAGGACCCCAGCUCGGGGCAUAACGGUCAAGCUGAUAGUAGGCCUCUUUGGGCUGAUCGAAGCUUUUGUCUGGAUCGUGAUUACCUAUGCCGCGUGGAAGGUGAAGCCCCGGCUUUUGUUCCCAGCGGCGGCAACAGCAAUCUUGAUCAACUUGGGCCUGAUGAUCAAUUGCUUCUCUUGA